AUGCUACCCUCCAGAUUUGAAGAGCCUGCUCGACCUGAUCCAGAUGGCGCUGUACGCCUGACCGACUCGGACGCAGCGCUCGCACGUCUAUCCGCCGUCCAGAAGCACUACCUCAGCGACCCUUUCAUCCGCCACUUCGUACCUCGCGCACAUCUGCAACCACCUCGUCCGCCGCUGAUCAAUGUCGGCACCUACGUGCGCUCGGAGGGCAUUGACAAGCUAGUCGAGCGAUGGUUCGUGUUUGCAGAGCAGGAGGGCACGCAAUGCCAGAUCGUCAGCCUCGGUGCGGGGAGCGACACCCGGUUCUGGAGGAUUUCGACGGGACCGAGGAAGGACCUGCUGCGAGCGUACCUUGAGGUCGACUUCGCCGAGAUCACCACGAAGAAGGCCAUGGCAAUCCGUAAGAGCAAGGAACUCAGUGCAGUCCUAGGCAAGCCGGAAGAUAUUAGCAUCGGUGAGCCCUCAGUCUUGUACGAGGAGCGACAUGUCUUUGAGCGACCUCCGCCUACCGCCUCCGAGCUUCUCGCUCUGCUCGGACCUUAUCUUUCCCCUGUACACCCGACUCUGCUACUAUUUGAAUGUGUCCUCGUCUACAUGUCCCCCCAAGCCUCUUCCGCCCUUAUCCAGGGCUUCGUCGACCACUUCGAGAGCGCUACAAGCGCGCAGGGUGGACACGGUGUACUCGGCGGGAUCGUGUACGAGAUGUUCGGGCUCGAAGACUCCUUCGGCAAAGUGAUGAAGUCCAAUCUCAUGGCCCGCAACGUAUCCCUUCCGGCACGGAUUUACCAUGGCGAAGCACUGACCCUCCGCGAUAUCCGCCGGUCAUACGUCGACCCAGUCGAGCAGGAAAGGAUCUCUCACCUAGAGAUGCUCGACGAGAUUGAAGAGCUGGAGCUCGUUCUCGGACACUACGCGAUCACCUGGGGUGUCAAGCUUCCCGGAAACGCCGGUGCCGUCAAGGCUCACUGGGCUGCAUGGGACCUGGAGCCAUAUUCGACCGCCGGCGAAGAUGCGGACUGA